AAAGAAAGAGGGCUUGACUUAGUGCAAUACUUUCUCCUGCUAGGGACUGGCUUACACAUUCUAAGCCUCUUGGGAACAAGUUUGGUGGAAGAAGAGCAUCAAACUGUAUACUUCCUGGUAAAUACUCUUCAUGUAGGGCUUAUCCUGAAGAUUGUUGUGCAAAGAAUUCAAGGAACACAUGACUCUAGUAUGAAUACCGACAUGUUUACUGCAACUGGUGAUCAUAGUUUUCUGAGAGGAAUGGCUGAUAGUUCCUCAGACUUACCAACUAGAAUGCCAAGUGCUGAAGGAUAUAAGUCUCAUUUUCAACAUCUCUGUAGACUUCCAAACAAAUUAUUGUUUGUGCUUAUUGCGAGUUUGAUAUUAAGCAGACUAAUGAGGUCUUGGAAUUCCACAGGAGAUAAAUGGAAGCAUUUGGAAGACUUGGGAGAUGUUAUUCGAGCUGUUGGAGGUGCCACUCUUGUCUUUGUUGUAUUACUGGCUUUAGUUAUUUCACUUUUUCUAUUUUCACGCAAUUGUUUACCUUUAGUGCUAGUGACAUGUGGCUGUAUAUUUGGGCGUCAUUUUCCUUAUUGGGGAAAAAAUGUCAGCAGUGGUACAUUUGAGGCACAAAUGGCACAUUUGGCAAUAAUUUUAAUAUUUAUAUAUGGACUUUUUAAGUCUAAACUGAUAGAAUUUAAAGCUCACAGUGUUAAAAUUCACAAAGUGUUAAAUAUCUAUGAGCCCGAAGAGAAAAAAAUAAGUAUUUUACUGAGGUACAUAUAUACGUCAUCAAGUCUCCUCUGCCUUCUCCUUCAACGAGUAGACAACAUUGGACUCAUAUCUCUGGUGCUGCUACAGAACUGGUUACUGUCUUCACUCAUCUACAGACUCACACUUGUAAAUUGCAUCUCCUGGGAGAUGGCAGCAUUGGCAGUAGACUGGCUUGCCUCUGCUCAUUUCUUUUAUCAGGGUAAUAGCAACAGUUUAACAACUGUUGACAUCAGUGCAGGUUUUGUUGGAAUCACUUCAUACCGUCCACUUGUCCAUGGGAUUCUCAUAGCAAUUCAAACUUUUGGUGGUCGUUUCCUUACAUAUCUUGCAUAUCUAAUGCAUGUCAUCUCCAAGGAUGAACAAAAGGAGAGGUAAGAAGGAAUUACAUAACUAUAUUUUCUAAUGUAUUUGCUCAGAGAUAGAAUGUUUUAAUCAUUGACA